CUUUUGCUUCCUUUGCUAACACCGACGACCUCGUAUAAAGUUUCUCUCUCCCCAGCUAUCACAGUAAAAAUGACAACUAUACUAAAAUCUCUCAGCUUACUUUUGCUUCUUCAAUUGCUAAACUCCAUUUUCAUUGAGACUGAAGCCCGUCCCUUCAAUAUCAUGUUGCCACGGAACUCUCCCAGAGAAGUGGUUGAUGGUUUUUUCGAUGGGUUAGCUCUUGGAGCAAUCAAGCAAUCUGGGCCGAGUCCUGGUCAGGGACACAAGUACAUUGACAGUCAUACUUUAGGAGGCAUUAAGGAGUCGGGUCCGAGCCCUGGUGUCGGUAACAAGUUCACUGAAACUCAUAAUCUAGGAGGCAUUAAACAGUCGGGUCCAAGCCCUGGCCAAGGACACAAGUUCAUUAAUGAUAAUACUCUUGGAGGCAUUAAGGACUCGGGUCCCAGCAGCCGUGGCGAGGGACACAAGUUCGUUGAUAAUCACACUCUUGGAGGCAUUAAGGACUCGGGGCCCAGCAGCCCUGGCGAGGGACACAAGUUCGUUGAUAGUCACACUCUUGGAGGCAUUAAGGAGUCGGGUCCCAGCAGCCCUGGAAAGGGACACAAGUUUGUUGACAAUCAUAUUCUAGGAGGCAUUAAGCAGUCGGGUCCCAGCCCUGGCGCGGGACACUAA